AUGAAGUUUGCGCAUGACUAUACCCAGAGCCUUAGGGCUGAGGAAUAUCCUUCCCAAUGGGUUCAGUCCGCGAUCUCCUAUAGACAGCUUAAAAAGUGCAUCAAAAAGGUGCGCAAGGAGCUGUUGUCCCUCGGACUUCAUCCCGAAAUCCUGAAUCUUCUAUGGCGUCAGAGUCAGGACCAACUCUCGGAUUCCGUGGACGCUGAUGUGGGUGAGGACAAUCGUUCGUCUGGUUUUCAGUAUUCUCUGAGAAAAAAUCCUUCAACGUCAUUUUGGCUGCCGAAGUUGACAUUCGUUAUCGACCCCUCCGAUGGUUCCCCAAUUGAUGCCUUCGUUUCACCAAGGACACUCGAAUUCCUUCAGCAACUGAAUGAACUUCCUCUUCCGAUAACUACAGCUAGUUUAUCUGGACUAAAGGCGGAAUCGGGAUUGGGCAUUAAUGGUGACUGUCGAAACCUGGUUCCUGUCGGAGAAUCACGCCCUGUCACUGGAAAUUCCCUCAUGCCCCAUGAUAACAUCGAAACUACACUCCUUGUUGAAAUACCCCUCUCUUCUGAUUCCGAAUUUUUCCAGAUUCUGAACAGGGAGCUCUCUGGUUUGAACGAUCUCCAAGAAAAAGAGCAAAUCGCGCUUAACGCGCGGGUCCAAGAAUUGCAUAAUGAGAUUGUCAAGGUGACAAAACCUCAAUUCAAGAAGUCACACUCUGCUUUAUAUACAUGGCGGGAAAUAUUCAGAGUGUAUAUAGAUAUGCAGGUGUUUUUCUGCACUGAUGAACAGGGUUCUGGCCAGAGAGAUGCUCAAACCGCAAGCCAGCAGUUGGAAAAAUUCCAAGCAACAUUAAAACAAGACCGGCGGACCAAAAAGCUUGGAAAGGAGGGGCGUGUUGCGCUUGAGACGUUCUUGUGGAUCAACAGUGUGCUGUUGCAGAACCUAAAAUUCCAGGAGAUCAAUCGCAUUGCCGUUACCAAGAUCUUGAAGAAAUUUGACAAGCGCACGGCUCUCCGUGCUCGCACCGUGUUCCCGCAGCUCAUGGCAACUGAAACAUUUUUGGCAGGAACCAUGGCCAAAGCUGUCUGUUAUACUAUAUCGGAAGAGGUUCUCACUGUCAUACCACAACUGGACGAUUACUUGUGCCCCAUAUGCCUUGACGUUUCUUUUAAACCGGUUCGACUGCGGUGUAACCAUGUUUUCUGCAUACGGUGCUUGGUAGUUAUGCAAAGGGACAAACAAAACCAAUGUGCUCUCUGUCGACAGGGUGUCGUAAUGGAAGCAACGGGAGCAAAUCUGGACAUGGAUCUCCUUGCAUUCCUUGCCUCAUCUUUUCCCAAGGAAACAAAAGCGAAACAAAAGGAAAACGAGAGGGCAGCGACUAUUGAUCUUUACGGCGAUUCUUAUGAUACCUGUUCUGUGAUGUAG